AUGGUCGCAGGCGCCCCUCCGACCUCGGCGAGCGCCCCCUGCUGGGCGCCGGCUGCUGGAGCCCCGCCGCCGCGUCUCCCCCGCGGCGCCCCGCGGCGCCCGCGCCGCCGCGCGCCUGCCGGGGCGCCGGGCCCGCGCCGGCCGCGGCCAGCCGCGCCCGCAGGGCCUCCUCGAGCGGGGCGGCGGCGGCGGGGGCGCGCGCGCCCUUCACGCCGCCGGGCCGGGCCAGCGCCCCGCACGGCGAGCGCUCCCCCGCGGGCCUGCCGCGGGCGCCAGGCAUCGUGGGGCCUGUUGUCCACCGCCGCCACAGUCCAUGGAGGGGGAAGCAGGUGGAGGACGAGGAGGAGGACGAAGAGGAGGAGGAGGAGGACGAGGAGGAGGACGAAGAGGAGGAGGAGGAGGAGGAGGAGGGAGGAGGAGGAGGAGGAGGAGAAGAGGAGGAGGAGGAGGAGGAGGAGGAGGAGGAGGAGGAGGAGGAGGACCCCCCCCUCCUACUUAUGGUGGUGGUGGUGGUGGUGGUGGUGGAAAGCCAGCCCACCAAGGCAGUCCCAGGCCGCCGCGCCGCGCCGGCCUGGCGGGGCUGCGGACCGCCCCGGCGCGGCGCGGCGGGGAAGCUGGCCGUCGCCGCCGGGCGCCGGGCCCGGGCAGGCGCCCCGCUCGCCCGCGUCCUGCGGCCCCGAGCGCCAGCUGCUCCAGCUCGGCCUGGACGCCGCCGCCGCGCGCGCCACCCUGGCCGCCGCCGGCGGCGACGUGGACAGGGCGCUGGGCCUGGCGCUGGAGGACUCGAGGGCGCGAGGUGCGAGGGAGCAGGGCCAGUGGGAGUUCGAGAGUGACGCAGGCUGGGCUCCCUUCGACCCCGUCGCCGAGUGCGCCCUGCGCGAAGCCGAGGCCCGGGGCGAGCCAGCCUGCUGCCUGUGCGCGGGCGGCCACGAGUACCUCGUCGACCUCCCCAGUCUCACCCAGCUGAAUCUAGCCACGGGCCGCUCGAGGCGCAUCCGCAGCCGACGAACGCACACGGCGUGA